AUGCGUAAGAAAAGAUGCACUUUAAAGGAUGGUAAUAGUAAAAAUCUAAUAAAUGGACUAGUAAAACAGAAUAAAUGCCUUGAUAUUAAAAAGUUAUAUUUAAGAAAUGCACCUAAAAGGCCAGGAUAUCGACCAAUUCCAGGAGUAUCAGUGUACCCUCAAAACUUCAAAUCUCCCAGAAUACUUAAAGAGAGUACAUAUAAGGAUAAAACUUUGGAUAUAUGUCAUGAUUCAAUAAGUGAGGAACAAUCUAGCUGUCGUUGUGGUGAUGUUAUAACAUGUCCUGGAAGUCAGGAAUUCCGCUGCAAUAACUCAGACAAAAGUGACCAUAUUAAGGAAAACUUUAUAAGUUCUUGUGAACCAGUAGAUUUUAGAGGUUUAAGAGGUUUAUUAUGGUCAAAAAUAGAUGUAAGGAAAGUUGAAAUGUUUGAGAAAAGAUUUACUGAACCUAAUGCCUCGGGUACAAUUCCACAAGAUUUAAAUGAAAACUUUGGAGCUCCAAUAUUUUUAUCAAAGGAGAAUAAUAAUAGUAAUAAUAAAUUAGAAAGGAAGAUUUCUAACUCUAAUGAAAAUAAAGAUAUAAACUUAGCAUCAGUGAUUGGACUAUGGAAUGACUGCAAUAAUCGCUUAAUUGAAUUAGAGCCAGAAUAUACAAUAAACAGAGAUUUACAAAAUUCUAUUAAAGCUGAGUUAGAUCAUGGAAUAAGGUUGUUGGAGGUUCAAUUACGUAAAUUAGCAAUGGCAGAACGACAGCUUAUUCAUUUACAACUAAAUCAAUUAAGCUCUCAGGUAGGGACUCCAAAGUAUAAUGCUGUGCAUGGAAUGCUACAUGAUAAUAAUAAAAAAGUACUUAAAUAUGAUAUACCAAACAUUUCGUGGUUUAUGGGUUUAAAUGCACUAGAUAUAGGUAAUUAUUGUCACAAAAUUGCUGACUUAGAAGGAAGAUUCAUGUUUAAUUCUCAAUUUAACCAGGCUUCAAUAUAUGAAGAACUAGAAAGUGAAGACGAAGAUUUAAAUAAGAAUUGGAAUAUAAAUUGUGAUAAUAAAUUGGAUAGAUAUGGUAAAGAAUUACUAUCAAGACACUUGAGUAGAAGGUUAACUGAAAAAGAAAGUGAACUAUUAUUACAAAGAAAUACAUUGACUAAACUUUCUAAAUUAAUGAAACUUUUACAGUAUUCACCUCUAGCAAAUUUCCCGUGUACAAAAGGAAAUCGCUAUAUAUUCUUAAAUCCUGUGGAUAUUGGUAAUACUUGUAUUGUUUGGAAUGCAUUUGACUUUGUUGAUUUCAUACCUUGCGUAUUGAAAUUAUACAAAGUGAAUUUUGAAGUUAAUAUGGAGUUAUUAUCUAAAUCAAUAUUUGCAAAAAGUCUUUGUAUUAAUUCAAACUCAUAUAAGUUAAAGAGUCUUUUAGAACAGGGGAUGAAUUUUUUAAGAUUUAUCAAAAAUAUUUAUAAUAGAGGUAUUCAAAAUUUUAAGUCUAGAAUAACUCUUCCAAAAACAUGCUUAUAUACUAAACAAAAAUUCAGUAAUUUAAAUUAUUCAAUUAAAAAUGAUUUUAUAUUAAAAAAUAAAUUUAUUCAAAAUGCAAUUGCAAGCAUAUCUUUAUGUAGUAACAUUUUUGAGUGGCAUAUACCUCUAAGUUCAGCAUCAAUUAUUGUAGAAUCUCAUCCUUAUAUUGAAUACUAUGAUAUAAGGUCAUAUGUUUCAUCAAUUGGGGUUAUGGAUGAAUAUACUGCUUUAAUGUAUAUUAGAUCACUUAUUCGAUUCUUGCACUUAAUUAGCUUGGAUGAAAUGAAAAGUAACCAGUCUUUAGAAUUUCAGGGGACAUUUAAUAUUAAGCAUUGCAUUCUACCAAUUAAAGCUAGUCAUAUAUAUGUUAAGAAAGAAGAGUGUUGCAUAUCUAUAGGCCCUUUGGAUUCAAUAUUAUUAAUUUCAUCUACUAACGAACAAAUGGUAGGAGAUAUUGAUACAGAUUUUUCACAGCUGAGAACAGAAUAUUUACAAUAUAAUAAGUGUUAUCCUCAAGAUUUAUUUUUAUCAGAAAGUUUACUAGAAUAUCAUAGUGGAGAAAAUAUCAUUUAUUAUUUGCCAAAUGAAAUUAUUAUGCUAAAUAAACGAAAUUUAAAUAUUGGAGAAGACUUUGAUUCACUAUCUACAUCUACAAACGUACCACCUAUUUUAUUUAGCCAAAUGUAUACAAAUGAGCAAAUUCAUAUAUAUAUGACUGGUGUAUUACUAUAUUAUUGCUUAACUGGAAAUUAUUAUAAUAGGAAUAUAAAGGAAAUUUUAGAUUUAUCUGGUGUUUCACAAGAUACAAAAAAUUUACUCUUGACUAUGUUAGAUUCAAAUUGUUUUAGAAAGACAAGCCCUACUUUUGAUACAAUUCUAAAUAUUCCACUACUUUCACCUGAAAAUCUAGUUGGAACAUGUGGUGUACAGCUUUGCAAUAAUAGAAUUUAUUAUUAG